CUCCUCUCAUUGAACGUGAGCGAAUACUUAUUCUUAUGAUGAAAGGCUAUGGAAAUAUGACGAGAUCUAAUGAAGAUGUACAGAUUUUAUUCAACGAUACUUUUAGGGUAGGAGCUGAACAGAUAUCCAAGUCGACUGUACAAAGGACAAUUGCACGUUUCAAUUUGAGUGGAAGUGUAAAGGAUCUUCCUAGAUCGGGUCGCCCUGUUGCAGCAACUAAUCCAGAAAAACAGCUGGAUGUUGCUCUCUCAGUUAUUGAAGAUCGUCACAGUACGGUUAGGAAAUUAAAACAGCAACAUGAUAUUAGUGUUGGAUCUACACAUAAUAUUUUGACAAAAAAUUUAAGGUUCCAUCCAUACAAAAUUAAACUUGUACAUGAACUGCUUGAAGAUGAUUCUGAUAGACGCCUUCAGUUUUGUGAAUUGAUGAUGGCCCAAAUAGAUGCUGAUGGAAAUUUAUUGAAUAGAAUUUUAUUUUCAGACGAAGCUACGUUUGAACUUAAUGGCAAUGUCAAUAGGCAUAAUUUUAGGUUCUGGAGCGAUAACAACCCAAGAUGGAUGUCUGAUACUCGCAAUACUCAAUAUCCUGAAAAAUUGAAUGUCUGGGCCGGGAUUAUUAAUAACAGAAUAGUUGGGCCCUUCUUCAUUGACGGAAAUCUUACUGCGGUGAACAAGAUGGUGCAGCUCCUCAUUAUGGCCGAGAUGUUCGUGCCUACUUAAACACAGUAUUUCCAGCGAGGUGGAUAGGGAGAAGAGGAGCUAUAGAAUGGCCAGCCAGAUCCCCUGAUCUUACACCACUUGAUUAUUUUUUGUGGGGUUAUCUCAAAGAUAGGGUAUAUCGAACGAAACCAGCAAACCUCGAAGAACUUCAACAGAGAAUAAGAGAUGAAAUUAUUGCCAUUGAUGCAGACAUGAUUCGCCAAGCUGUAGCAGCAUUUUACAACCGCAUAGCGUAUUGCCAGACAGCUGGGGGCGAAAACUUUGAGCAUUUGCUCAAAUAAAUAACUUCCAAUCCUGCUGCAAUUGCCUGGCUUUACCCUUCCAUCCCAUAAACGGCUGGGAUGCUCAUCAGCCUUGCCUUCACUGGCCGGGCAUCACCCAACCUUGCCCUAACCGGCUGGGAUCCAACCAGAAGAUCCAACCAGCGCACACACGCACACACACAGCAGAGAGGGUUUGGAGUCGUUAACUACUGUGGAAAUGACGAACCACGGGGUCCCUAUCUCUCCUGUGAACACAUUUGCACACACACGCACACACACAGCCUUCACUGGUUGGAUCUUGUUCUGAUCUUGCCUUCACUGGUUGGAUCUUGUUCUGAUCUUGCCUUCACUGGUUGGAUCUGAUGAAACUUUCAAGCCUCAUAACUCGGAAGAUA